AUGUCUCAGUUGCCUCAGCUGGUCUCGAAUUGGUUAUUCAACGUUAUACAGCCUCUGUAUAUCCACAAGCAACUAGUCUAUGCUCAUGUAUACCAAAUUCUCAGCUUGCACCUAAAAAAGAAUUUGGACUUUCGGAUCAGAACCAAGGUUUAUACAGAUGAGGAAACCGGCAAGUCGGAGCUAUUGAUCAACUUGUUUGGCACUAUAAACAUUAGCGACCAAAUUGGCGUCCCGGUGGAGAUAUGGGUGCCUCUUGCUUAUCCAAGGCGAAGCUUUGAAGACCAAGGGGUUCCUAUCGUCUACAUUGUACCGGACCACUCAAAGAACUGGUUCUUGAAAGCGGGCAACUUUGUCGACUCCCAGGGUAAAUUUUACCACCCGUAUCUUUCUAGUUGGCACAGGCAAAGUGACGAGGACAUGGAUCCUUCUUUUAAUUUGGUGAAAUUGGUUGAUGUUCUCUUCCACAGUGUCGUCGCUGAGCCACCGAUAACGAUCCAGCACACGGUUGCACCUCCCAAGCCAGCCAAAAUCGAGCAAACUCACUCGGCGUCGGCAACUUCUAGUGUGGGAGUAACGCCUCAAAGCACGGGUAGCACCAGCGGUCCUCCGUUGCCGGCCAAGCCACCAAAGAUCAAGUCACCCGUUCAGAGCAGCACGUCCCCCACGAUUCCAUUGAAGUACCAAAGUCCGUUACCGAUCCCAAAUCCUGAAAUCAGGCUGCCUCCACCACCCCUGGUUUAUUCUCAACUCGAACAACUUGCAAUUUCUACUCCACCGCCGCCGCCGCCGACACAAUCACAAUCGCAAUCACAACCACCAGCACAACCACCAGUACAACCACCGCAGCCUGCACCACUACCGCCGGUCGACUUGGUCGAUAGUGAAGCGCAAUUUGCAACAGUUGACCAAGAUCGGGUUCGCGCUUUGGAAACUUUAUCUCUCAAGAUAAACGAGUGUUUUGAUGCGGACCCCAUACAUCAACAAGUCAUAUUUGCAAACGAAAACACGCAAAGGGUGAACGCGUUGUACAACCAACUAAGUCAUCAUUACCUCCAGGCUGCCGAGAAUUCAAACAAGUUGGACGAACAUAUACUGCACAUUUCCACCCAAGUACAAAGCAUAUCGAGUCUAAACCGAGAGUUGAACGCAUUAAGCGAGCGUAAUAGCCAGUCCGAAACCAAAAUUGCAGUGAGCUCUGCAUGCGAAGUCGAAUUAAACGAGCUCAUACUUCCAGACUCGCUACUAGUCAAGCAGUUGUAUGACGUUGUGCUGGAGAUCAAGGCCAUCAAAGAUACAAUGAGCCUCAUCUCGGGCCAUUUCCACAAUUGCAGCGAGAUUAUCAACGACAAAAACAUGGACUACUGCGUGAAAACCAUGCGAAGCUUAGGCAGAGAGUUGUUCUGGUUAGAGUUGACCAAGAACGAGAUUGCAAAUAUAAUGAAGUUGCAAACAUGA